AUGUGGGUGAGUGGGGGCAGAUCAGGUGGUCAGAAACCUCAUGGUGUCACAACCCUUGCCUCAUACGGAUUGGCUGUUGGUGCCUGUGGAUACAGUUUAAAUUCUGCGAGAGCUGGCCCAUUCCACAGCACAACAUUGCUCCUGCUCAUCACACAAUCCACUGCUGAAUAUUGGAGAAGAGCUCCUAGAGAUUUGCAGCGUCAUCUGUACUGCAGCCAAGGAAUUGAGCUGAAAAUGAAAACGUCUGUGUUCAUCUUCUGCCUUAUAGGCAUGGCCUACACAAGACCUUUCUCAAGUGAGAGCCACAGCAAGUCUAUAUCAGAUUCACUUCCAGAUUCCUCUUCAUCAUCAUCAUCAGAAGAAAGAUUUAGUACUGCCCCAACUGUGAAUGGAGCAACAGUUCAGUCUAUCAUUACAGAAGAUUUUGCAAGAGGAGAUAGCCUGCGCCGUAGACGUGCAGUUAGAACGUCUUCAGAAUCUUCACACCAGGACACAAACUCCAUUGAAAGUAUAUCUGAUUCAGCCUCUUCAUCAGAAGAAGUCAGCGUUGCACCAACUCCUGGGGGAACAACACUUCUACAGACAAGGGACAACUCACUUCGCCGUAGACGUUCUCUUGAUCAGGUUGGACAUGGAAGUUCCUCCUCACAUCAUUCUGAGGAGAGUGUAACCACUGAAAGCACAAGUCGCCAGUCCCAACCAUCUGAGAGUUCAGAAGAAGACAGCCAUGAGCAAAGUACCAAGAAGAAUCUACUACAAGAAAUCCUUGGUGCAACUACACCAGAUCCAGACACAUCUGAAGAGAGCUCAGAGGAAAAGACAACUCCCAUAUUCGAGCCCUGAGCACUUGACCUAUCCUCAUAUUAUUUUUGCUGUCCACUGUCUUUCUGUUUGUGUGAAUGAUUUGUGUUCUGUUCUGCCAAUGUAAUUAUUCAUUGAGUCUGCUCAGAAUUUAGUUCAUACAAAAAUAUGAACCAAUGUCAGAGGUGCCUUCUCCCCACCAUUCAGAAAACAAAAAUUUUAAAGUAAGGCUUUGUUUUUAUCUGUGUUGGAGGCUUCUGUUGCAGAAUCCAUCAACAAAUGGCAGGAAAAACAUGGCAUACAUUUUGCCUGGUAAAUUGAUGACCACCAUGAGAGAAACCGAAUGGACUCUAUUAUAGUAAAUAGGGGUCUGUCUCGCAUAUGACUGAUCCAUCUUUGGUCAGAAAAAGGAAACAGAAAAUCAGAAUUCCCUACACAGAUGUUAAUAAAGCCCGGGAUUUAAAGUCACCAAGCAGGUCUUAGCUUUGGGCAGGGACCCUCUAUUCCCUCCCUAACAGUUUAUGCUAGUGCCUACAAAACUAUCUGCUAUAGAAAAAAAACUGAGAUCAAUUUUGGUUCUCCCAAUAUUGAGAUUGGUGAAUAAGCUGAAAGUCUGAAAACUUGUCACACUUCCAUUAUUCUAAUAUACAACACUAUUUUAAAAAUCUUCCAAAAUUGUUUAAUAUCACCACAGAAGAGGCGUACCAAAUUAAUGUAUACAAAUGAUGGCCUGCCAUAAAGCGCUGCUGCUGUGCUUGCUCUGAGGGGAGCUAAUUUAAAUUAGGCAUAUAAAUGUUUGGCUGCUGAUGUGGAAUGAACACUUAGAGACUACUUCUAGAACACUAGGGACGUAUGCAAUUUCCAGUGUCUUGUGCAUUGCAGAAAUACCGAUCUUCCUACUGCAUGUAUUAAUACUUGAUUGUAAUUUGUAAUUAUCUGUAUAGAAUUAACUGCCUGUAUGUUUUACUUGUGUUUUUCUAACACUCCCUCUAUAUCUCAUUUAUGUGAAUAUUCACAUUCUGGUAUAUUUUAGUUGAAGGAUAAUAAACAUUUAAUUAUAAUUAA